CAUAAUUGCUUCCCGCUUGACCAGUUUCAAGUGGCGCUGACCAGGGAGGUCAAGUGGAAUUAACCCCUCUGCAUCCAAACUGUAGAUCCCUCCCACCCACCACAGUACGGGAUCCACCCUCUACCUCCCAUUUCUUGCUGCGAAUGUAGUUACCCCGAACAAGAUCUUCAAAGAAGUGCGCGGAGUGCUGAUACACUGGAGACGAAUCUUGAUCAGUAAGGGGGCUUGGAGGGGUGGGGAAGAAAGAAGGAUGACUUCUCCGAGCACGGACAGCUCCGGCAAGAGCCUGCAGUACCGGGUGGAUCAUCUGCUGAGCGCCGUGGAGAACGAGCUGCAAGCCGGCAGCGAGAAGGGAGACCCCACCGAGAGGGAGCUGCGAGUCACCCUGGAAGACAGCGAGCUGUGGCUACGCUUCAAGGAGCUCACCAACGAGAUGAUCGUCACCAAGAACGGCAGGCGGAUGUUCCCAGUGCUGAAGGCCAGCGUGUCCGGGCUUGACCCCAACGCCAUGUAUUCCUUCCUCCUGGACUUCGUGGCCGCCGACAACCACCGCUGGAAGUACGUGAAUGGCGAAUGGGUACCGGGCGGCAAGCCUGAGCCGCAGGCCCCGAGCUGCGUUUACAUCCACCCUGACUCGCCCAAUUUUGGCGCGCACUGGAUGAAGGCGCCCGUUUCUUUCAGCAAGGUCAAACUCACCAAUAAGCUCAACGGAGGGGGGCAGAUAAUGCUGAAUUCUUUGCAUAAAUAUGAACCUAGGAUUCAUAUAGUGAGAGUUGGUGGCCCUCAGCGGAUGAUCACCAGUCACUCUUUCCCAGAGACCCAGUUUAUAGCUGUGACAGCUUACCAAAAUGAGGAGAUAACAGCUUUGAAAAUUAAGUACAAUCCCUUUGCAAAAGCUUUUCUUGAUGCAAAAGAAAGAAGUGAUCACAAAGACAUGAUGGAUGAAGUGGGAGAUGGUCAACAGUCUGGGUAUUCACAAUUAGGUGGUUGGCUGAUUCCUGGAACAGGGACACUGUGUCCUCCUGCCAAUCCUCACCCACAGUUUGGGGCAUCUCUGUCGCUCUCCCCUGCUCACAGCUGUGAAAGGUACUCAUCACUGAGGAAUCACCGCCCUACCCCUUACCCAAAUCCAUACACUCAUAGAACCAACUCUCCAACCGCCUAUGGGGACAAUUCGACAGCCUGUCUUUCUAUGCUCCAGUCCCAUGACAACUGGUCCAGUUUAGGAGUCCCACCCCCGACAAGUAUGCUGCCUAUGGGUCACAGCACUGGCCCACCAAGCAGCUCCAGCCAGUAUCCUAACUUGUGGUCUGUGAGCAACAGCACCAUCUCACCUGUGUCUCAAUCAAGUGGAAUGUCCAGUGGAAUAGGAUCCCAGUUUUUGCGGGGUUCUACAACCCACUACCCCACUCUUCCUCAUUCAGUCACCACCACUUCCUCGGGAUCUCCAUUGUAUGACAGUGGGACACCUACAGACAUUGCUGAUAGUCAGUAUGACACCUCAGUGCAUGCUAGACUUGCAUCCACAUGGACUCCCGUCACAACCCCUUCGAUGUAGCCCUCUUCUUAAAACCAAAGACUUUCUAGUUGCUGUAAACGGAAAAUCUGGAUAGAACGUUUCAGGAGAGUGGCAGGAAAAAUCAGGAUGUUCAUAGAUGGUAAAGUAACUGCACUAAUUGCUUUAUGCUCCUUUCAGUAUUAGAGUGUAUUGUAGUGGCACAGACACUUUACGAAAGGGGGAGGUAACUUGUCUGGCAGUGCAGGUCACAGUGGAAACAUUUACCAUUCCAUUUUCCAACUUAACUCUGCAGCCAUGAGGGCUAAACGUUGCCAACCCCAUGCUAUGAGAGAGCAAAUUCUCUCACACCUGCUGCUCUCUUCUUUAACACAUUUUCUUUUCAGUUUGCACACUUUAUUAGAAGCCAAAUUUUCCAGAAUCAGGGUUGGCAGAUUUUUUUAAAAAAUGCUUUAAUACAUAUGCAUAUCUCUCAAUAACUCACUACAUAUGAAUGUGUGAACAACAUUUACUGAAAAGUAUUGUGCUUGAUCUGAUCUGGGGGAUUAGCAAAGUUCUUUCUAUGGUGUUUGAUCUGUGGUGGGUGUUUCAUACAUAGAAGCUAUCAUUGCUUGUUCAUUGCUUGAUGACUCUAACUUCAUGUGUGAACUUACACCAAGUGAUGUCUUGUCAUUACACCUUUUUUCAGCCCAGAUUGCUCAAGGCAUAUGAUGAAUAUUUUAGAAGAGCAGUAUAAAUUGCAAUUUCAUACUUAACAGCUUGACCUUUUUUGGUAGUAUACAAAAUUAUGGAUUGAGCUUGUGAUGGAUGUUACAGAAAACACUUCCAUCAUUAAUGGUUUAAUCUAGGAAGGAAAAAAGUGUCCUGACUUACGGUUAUGUGAACUGACUCAAGCAGUUCACACAAAUUCACGCAGUGAACUGAGUGAUUGUGUGAAAUUACUCAAGAGGAGGAGUUCUUGUUUCAUGCUGCAACCUCCACACAUUUACUUGGCAGUUAGCCCAUUGAACUCAAUAGGACUUACUUCAGCAUGAACUUUCAUAGGAUUCCACUGCAUAUGGCCAAGAUAAAAAUGAUCCUUAAAGGAUGAUAGCUGGAAAAAUCUGUGUACUAAUAAAAUAGGUGUGCCUUGACUGCAGUUCAGUUUGCAGAUUUAUGCACAAUUAUAUGCUUAUUUUCUAGUGACGAAGUUGAAAUGACAAUCAAAAAGAGCUCUUUCCUGCAUCACAAAUGCAGUCUUCAAAGUUCUGCAACUAAGUUCUUGUAUCCUAAAGUGCCUCUUUGUAAAGUGAGCUUUUUUUUUCUUAGGGCUGAUUCACAUGCAGUGAUUUCCUGUAGGGAGAUAUCUGUUUUGCCACAUAUACAUGUGGUGCACACACCAUGGGAUGCCUUGGACAGUUGUCUCUUUCCAUUAGGUUGAGCAGCCAUCUGUCAGGGAUGCUGUAAUAACUUCUGCACUGAGCUGGGGACUAGACUAGAAGACCUCUAAGGUCCCUUCCAGCUCUUUAAUUCCAUUUCUAAAAUCCUAUGAUUACAUGUACAGAUAGUGAAAGUCAUUUAUGACUUCAUCACAUGUGAUGGUAUACAUGAAAUCUACAUGUUGUUUUCCCACAAAGAAGUGACAUCUGUGUAAGAAAAUUGGUGUGUGUGCGUGAAACUGCCCUUAAUUAAUGGUUUGCAAAUGAUUUUUAGUCUUGAGACCAGGCCGUACAUAGAAAGUGCACAUUAUGAAGGUUUUUUCUAAUUUAUUUUAUUUCAGUGCUGUCCUUCAGUGAGCUAUAUUUAUUUGUUAGGCUAUCCUUCUGUAUAUGUGUAUAUGCUCUUUCUGUUUAGUGUAUAUUUUAAGACAAUCACCCUGGGGACAUAUCUCCCAAUGCACAGAAUUUUCCUUGAAUGUGUCGUAAUGAUGAGUGCUUUGAAUGCUAACAAAGCCAGUCUUUAUUGCUCCUGUGUUCCAGUCCCACAGUCUUAUUUACUGUACAUGAGGGGACCAUUGCAUCCUCAGAGAUCUGGGGACAAAUUCUACUGCAGGCCUAGCUGGUGGAGUGGUUUAAAUUUCAGCAGCAACAAGACACCUUUGCCAGAAUGAAGUAGUUGUUGGCAUGUCCCCUGCCAAUACUGUAAAUAAGCUCUCCCGCUUUAUUGUGAAAGCUAAACAAUGUAAAGUAAGUAUGUGCAUUAUUAUUUAGUGUUUUCUGUUAGGCAUUAGCAAAUGUGUGUGUUUACUCCUUUCAGAUGUAUUCAGUUUAAACUGUGAAACAAGGUAGUAAAGUUUCCUUAAUAAAACAAAUGCUUAUCUGUCA